GUUUGGUUAGCCAUUGAGCUAGCUAGGUUGUUAGCUAUUUACGGCUAGCUAGCUACCAUUAUUAGCUACCAUCGGGUAAGCCAAUAAAGCCAUUCAUUCGGAUGGUGGUUAACAAUAGGUAACUUUAUUGUGAGCGAACAAGCGGUAUAUAAGCUUUUCGUCGAUAACUUAUGAUUAUCUCAUCUGUUUUUUUGCAGCGAAUGUUUUUUUACUGUAGUAAGCUGAAGAGCAGUUGCGAGCUGACACCUUGCACGGGCUUGGUUGACACUGACAGCUAACUUAGCGCUGAAGAAAAGGCUAGCUUGCUUGCUGCGUGUUGUUGGUGUAAGAUGUCUAUUUAACUAAACAUUCACAAACUCAGCACUGCACCAACGUUAACGUUAGCUUGUCUGUUUACCAACACCAGUAACGUUAUUAAACGUCGUCAACCCCCUUCGACUCGAAAAGACCUUAAGCGAGGGAAGACUCAACUACAGUAGCUGAACGGGGUCCUAGCCGGAGGAGUUCUCAUUGACAUGCUGCUGCACUGAGACGGGUGGACGGAAAGACUGAUCCUGGCUGGUGCUUGUGUCUCCCUCAUCCCCCACUCUCUCUGUGUCGGCUGCUUCACCCCCCACCCCUUGUACGGAACUUGCUAUGGAAUGCCCUCACCCAGCAGAGCGGCACAGUCCUCCUCUUUAGAGCCCUGUUCUAGGAACCCGCUCUUUAAAGAAACCGCACUGCACAGCUGAUCUCAGUAGUCUCUGGCUCCUCUUCUCCACCUGUUCCCCACCCCCUCCACCCUCCCCUGUGAAGAUGUCUGUGAGACUGUCUGGGGAGGACAUCCUAACAGAGGGUCAGAGUGGGAGUAGUGGAGCGCUCAAUGAGGACUCCAGCAACCGCGGGCAGCUCUCCCCAUCCCCUGAGUCUUGCCAGGGAAAAGAGGGCAAUGGUUCUGGGUGUACCGGGGAGGCCACAGAGGCCGAAGAGAGCACCGCUCAGGACUCACAGAGACGGUCUCAGAACCACGGCCAUGGGAGGAAAAGGGCCAGGUCUAACGCCAAGCUGAAGCUGGUGAGGAGUCUUGCGGUGUGCGAGGAGUCGUCAGGUCCGUUCUGCACCGAUGGUCCUCCCGACAUCAUUCAGCUCCACAUCAGCUGCCCCUCCGACAAGGAGGAAGAGAAGUCCUCCAAGGAUGAGUACGAGAAUGAGGAGAAGGAAAAGAGCAAAGACAAGACUCCACGCAAGAUGCUGUCACGAGACUCCAGUCAGGAGUACACAGACUCCACUGGCAUCGACGUCCACGAGUUCCUGGUCAACACUCUAAAAAAUAACCCCAGGGAUCGAAUGAUGCUGCUGAAACUUGAACAAGAUAUCCUGGAGUUCAUUAAUGACGACAAUAACCAGUACAAGAAGUUCCCCCAGAUGACGUCGUAUCACCGCAUGCUGCUGCACCGUGUAGCUGCCUACUUUGGAAUGGACCACAAUGUUGACCAGACCGGCAAGGCUGUCAUUAUCAACAAGACUGGCAACACACGGAUCCCGGAGCAGAGGUUCUCUGAGCACAUCAAGGAUGAAAGGAGCAUGGACUUCCAGAAGAAGUUUAUCCUCAAACGAGACGACGCCAGCAUGGACAAGGACGAUAAUCAGAUCCGCGUUCCACUGCAGGACGGGCGGCGCAGCAAAUCUAUCGAGGAGAGGGAAGAGGAGUAUCAGAGGGUACGAGACCGGAUCUUUGCCCGAGAAGUAAGUGGCAGAGGAGACCCAACGUCCUCUCAAAAUGGAUACAUCAACGACAACAGACUUUCCACUGAAGGCUACUCCUCUAGCUCUCAAAAGAGGAGGCAGAUCUUUAGGGGUAAUGGUGAUAGCACCAGCAGAGCGUCCAGCAGUCGCCAAAGCAGUACGGACAGCGAUAUGAAGUGCCUGGAUCCGAGGCCCUGGAGCAGCACUGACUCAGACAGCUCCAACCGGACCCUGAGGCCCCCGGUCACCAAGGCAUCCAGCUUUUCUGGCAUCUCCAUCCUGACCAGAGGGGAUAGCCUGGGCAGCAACAAGAGCUCCCAAAGCUCCUGUAGGGGUUCCCGCACUGGUCUGCCACUGCUGAGUCCAGACGCUGGCCCUCAGCCCCCAGCCCCCCAGCCAGGUCCAUGUCAAGGCGGUCGUAGCUUGCUGCCCUGCCCCUCACAACAGCCCCAGGUCCAGCCCCCUCAGACUGCCCUGCUGCCCACACCACAGCAACACCCCAUGGGCAACCACAAUCACAACCACUUGAUUGCUCAGACGGUGGGGUCUCUGCAGCCCUCUCAGCCUGUGUCGUACGCCUCUUCCUGUCCCCAGGUCAUCCUGCCUGUUUCACCUCCUCAGCAGUAUCUGGCAGAGGAGCUGGCUCCCCAGUUCAGCCAGAUGACUCUCAGCCGACAGGGUUCCAGUGAGGCCCCGGAGCCCCCCAACAUGUACCAGACCCAGGGGCCUAGUGUCCUCACCCAGCACCCCCCACCUCAGACGGGCUACAUCAUGGCCACUGCAGGCCAGCCCCUGGCCCCACCGUCCGGCUACCAGCCCAACACGGGACACCCCCACCCCCCUCCUCCUCCACCGCCUCCCACCCAGGCCGUCAUGCAGCCCCCACCACCGCCACAAGGAUACAUGCAACCGCCUCCUCCGCAACAGAUCCAGGUGUCGUAUUACCCUCCAGGACAGUACCCCAAUACAGGCCAGCAGUACCGGCCAGGACCCAUGACCCACCAGGUGUCCUACCCUGCCCAACAUCCAGCCCAUACCGGCCACUCCCAGCCCAUGCCCCAGCCCACACAACAGUCUGGCCAGUGCCUCCAGCCCAUGAUGCCCAGCCAGCAGCCUCAGUACCAGGGGAUGAUGGGAGUACCUCAACAGCCCCAGAACCAAGCCCUCAUCCCCACCCAGAGGCAGGGCAUGCAAGGCCAGAUGACUGGGAUGAUGGUCCAAUACCCACAAAUGCCCUCGUAUCAGGUGCCGGUGGCCAACGAGUCACAACAAGUGGUCCAGCACCAACAACAGUACCAGCAGCAGGUCAUGGUACCAGUCAGCCAAUCCCUGCAGACUGUCCAGGGACCCAUGCCAGGCCAAGGCAUGCCAGUAUACUAUAGCGUUAUCACCCCCACACAACAGAAUAGCACAAGUCCGUCGGUGGGGUACCUACAGCCCAGUUCUGAGCAGUACCAGAUGAGCCAGUCUACUUCUCCCUGCAACCCUCAGCAGAUGCAGCAGCAGUAUUCAGGAGUGCCUCCUCCAGGCCCUGGGGUGAUGGUCAUGCAGCUUAGCGUCCCUAACGGACCUCAGCCUACCCAGAAUCCUCCUCUGGUUCAGUGGAACCCCUGCAAGUACUACAGCAUAGAGCAGAGACCCAGCAAGCCUGGAGAACUGUACAAACCCGACAACACACAACAGGCCAGUACCCAGAUGCAGGGCAGUCCCUUGGCCUCCCCGACCCAGUCCCCCACCCCCUCCCCCUCUGGCAGCGUGAGCAGCGUCUGUCCCGGCCUCGGCCCUCUCUCCCUGCUGUCACAGUUCCCCCGGGCCGUACCGGGCCCCGCGCAAGGUGACGGGCGCUACUCCCUGUUGGGGCAGCCUCUUCAGUAUAGCCUCUGUCCCCCUCCUCUAAUGCACAGCCAGACAAACUACAGCUCACAUCAGAGCCAAGUUGGAAUGAAGCAUGUGGCGAGAGGGAAGAGGCAGACACUGAAGUCUCAGUCUACAGACCUGGGCACCACUGACGUGGUGGUCAGCCGAGUGCUGGAGGUGACCGAUCUCCCAGAGGGCAUUAGUCGUCCCGAAGCAGAGAAGCUGUUCAACCAGCUAUCCAUGUGCGGUGCCAAGAUCCAGUGGCUUAAGGACCCAGUGUCCGGGGGACGCGGAGGCUAUAGUGGCCCAGGGGUCCAUCACGGUUCCGGGGCAGGGAUGGGGGCUGGCGGGGGGAAGGGUGACUGCAACGACCCGGCUCACCUCUACACAGUGGUAGCCGUUUUUCCAUCCACCAUGGCCGCACAGAGCGCUUCCUUCAAACUCAACAACAGCGGGGCCAGCCUCUUCAAGCUGAGGGCCGCCAAAAAGAACUAUGACCUGCGAGUCCUGGAAAGGGCAAGCUCCCAGUGAACCGUACAAGAGGGGGAGAAGGAGAGGGGGACAGAGACUUUCAGAAUGGAGGAGUGGUAGGAGUUGGACUGAGGAAGCUUGACAGGUUUUGGACAGGAAGGCGGGACAGGACAUGUUAAAGUGAAGGGGCGAACACAAUCGGAGCGAAUGUUUUUUGUGAGAGACAAAAUUGAUUUUUUUUUUGGGAUUGUUUAGUUUUAUAAUAUUGUUAACUGAAGAGCACAUAAGACACGUGAGCAUGUGGAUCACUGUUGCCAUGAAUACCAUUACAUACACACCACACACACACACACAUGCAUAUACACACACACACACACACACA